AUGGAUAAUCUUACUCAGAUAAUCCUUUUCUCCGACUUUCCCAAUUUCUAACCCUAGUUCUUGCCCCGUCUCUCUCUGAAUUCUUCAAUCCCUCCCUCCGAUCUGAUCGGAAUUGCUCCGGUCGUGACAUAUUAGUUUUCUUCCCUAAUCACGGCCGCCGCUGCAACUGUGGGCGAACAUCGUCAAUUCUUUCUGCCGCUGACUCCAGCAUAACCAAGACUCCGUUGCUUCCUUCUUCUUCAUCAUCAUCUCUGUUCUUCUCCCCUUCUCCUUUGAUUUUUUUUUUCCCCAAUCCCUCCAGUUUAGUAAACAGAUUUGCAAUUUUUCAAGGAGUCAGAUGGAGGCAGAAGUGAUUGAAGCGGAGUUAGUUUUGCCAACUCACAUGAAAUUUAAGAAGGUUCAGAUGUAUGAAAAGUAUCCAAAGGGGCAAGCUAGAGGAAGGCAGUGGAAACAUCUUAAGCAUAUCAUACAAGCAGAGAAUUACCAGAACCAGCCACCAGAUGAACCAAAUUAUGUGAACAUUGGAUCGCCUCCUUCAAUGCAUCCAUGCAAAAGAAUUUGUGAUAUAACUGGCUAUGAGGCACCUUACUUUGACCCAAGGACCAAACUUCGAUAUGCCAACACUGAAGUCUUCAAGAUUAUAAGAUCCCUUCCUAAUGAGUAUGUUCAGAGAUACUUGGCCCUUAGGAAUGCAGCAGUGGUACUGAAAUAGUUGUAGACUUGUAGACGAAUGUUUAAAUGCCCCAAAGUUGGAUGGUUGUAUAGAAGAAAUCUCUAGCUUGGCCUGUGUCGUUUCUUUCCACCUCUUUUUUUGAGUUUGACUUGCCUCUAGCAAUUCAGUGACGUACUUCUUACAUUAGAGAGAAUGAAUUCGAACUCUAAUGUAUUAUCAAACUAUUGCUUACUUUGCCUUGGAAUUUAUUUUCCUUUUUAAAUAGAGUAUAGCCGACUUUGACAUAGUGAGAUAAUUAUCAACCCAAAUUGCUGAAUCUCUAUUCUACAAUUUCUUUUUAAUUUAAAACAGGACGAUUAUUGAGC